AAGCAUUCAGUAUAUCUAUGAUUCAGUUGGUGAGUAAACGCGUAAACGGCGUGCUUUUGUAAUGUACGAACGACUAAAGUGAACCGUUAUUACAAUCGCUGUUAUUUAGAACGUGGACGAUCGUGAAACAGAAACUGAACAGUAAAUGAAUUGCGAAUUAAUAAUGGAAGAGGGUAGUCUUUUGCGGGUGAAAAAACGCGCAUUGACGCACCUACCCCGACGACUACCGGUGAACAUCGAUUUCCAAGAACUAACCUUCAGCGUGCCCCAGGGAAGAAAAGGUCCCAAGGUAAUUUUAAGAAGUAUCAGUGGGCAAUUUAAAUCCGGACAUCUAAAUGCAAUCUUGGGUCCUUCAGGAUCAGGAAAAAGCACCUUGCUCAAUAUUCUUGCAGGUUACAAGUAUCUUUUGGGUAAUUAUUUUUUAAUUAUUUUUCAGGUGACAGAAAUUUUGGACAUGUUGAGACUCACUUCGUCCAAAGAUACGCCAACAGAACGACUUUCCGGAGGAGAAAGAAAACGAUUAGCGAUAGCUUUGGAACUUGUAAACAACCCGCCUGUAAUUUUUCUAGAUGAACCUACGACGGGUUUGGAUGAUCUUUCCAGUUCACAAUGUAUAACAUUAUUGAAAUAUUUAGCAGAGGGAGGAAGAACUGUGAUAUGUUCCCUUCACACACCGAGUGCCCGACUUUUUGCCAUGUUUGAUCACGUGUAUAUAGUUUCAGAUGGAUUAUGUGCCUAUCAAGGUACAGGAACAAAUAUCCUUCCUUUCUUGGAUAAUAUAGGCUUAUCUUGCCCCACGCAUUAUAAUCCAGCAGACUUUAUUAUUGAAGUAUGCAGUGGAGAAUACGGAAAUUUCUCCGAUAAAAUGAUAAAUCUCAUUGAAAAUGGAAGGUCGGUCAGUUAUUGCAAGACUACUACGUGUGACGAACUUCCUGAAUAUGAAAAUGAAGAAAUAGGAAACAGUAAUUGCAUAUAUGCACCGACUACAAAACCAAAAAGGCAACACGAAUGCUCACCUUGGUUGCAAUUUAAAAUCCUGCUCUACAGGUUUUGGAUUCAAACUUGGAGAGACUCGGACAUGCUCAUCCUGAAAACAGUAUUAUACAUAGUCAUAGGACUUUUAGUAGGAAAUUUUUAUUUACAAAUGGGAAACGAUGGUUCGAAAACGAUAUUCAACUUUGGUUUUUGUUUCACAUGCAUCAUAUUCUUUUUGUAUAUACCUAUGAUGCCGGUUUUGUUAAAAUUCCCCACGCAAUUACAGUUACUCAAACGAGAAUAUUUUAACAGAUGGUACGGACUAACUGCGUACUUUUUGGCCUUAACAGUUUCAACCCUUUCCCUUCAAUUGAUCUUUGGAUUCCUAUACGUGCUUAUAGUAUAUCCCCUUACUGCCCAACCAUUGGAGUUUUUCCGAAUUCUCAUGUUUUUGACUGUCUGUACUCUAACAGGAUUUAUUUCGGAAAGCUUAGGGCUUCUCAUAUCAUCCACCUUAAAUGUGAUAAACGGAAUGUUCGUAGGACCUUGUAUAUCUGCACCUUUAAUACUUCUUUCUGUGUAUGGCUUAGGACAGGGUACAAAUAUACCAUUUCUAAUAAGACUAGCUAUGUACUUUAGCUAUUUACGUUACGCUUUGGAAGGUCUAAUUCUUGCUGUUUACGGCUAUAACCGAGAAAAACUUCCUUGUCCUGAAGAGGAAAUUUUUUGCCAGUACAGAGACGCGAAACCGUUCAUGGCGAUUAUGGGAAUGGAAAACGCCAUGUUCUGGGUGGACAUACUUGUCCUUUUAUUUUUCUUUAUUUUCUUUAGGGUAGUUAGUCUUUAUUUAUUGAGACAAAGAUUGCGACCGAAUAAGACGUUUGCAGCUUUGCAAUUAGUUGGUAGAAUUAUAAAAUCACACUUUAGUAUGGCACGAUAGUGCAUAUUAAAUUUUAUUUAAUAACAAAAUUUCUGUUGUAAGUUAAUUUUCGUAUUUGUAAGGUUUAUUAAUAAAUAAUUGCUGUCUUUGUAGUACAUUUAACUUC